CUCUGUCCAGUUUGACGGCAUAAACACGCACCAGAUGUUUGCUACUGCAAUUUUUACGCUGUUCGUAGUAGCUUUUGUUGCUUGCUGGCGAUGGCGCUACCGACUGAAGGCUCCUUUCCGUUCGGUGCCGGGACCACCGGCUCUACCACUGAUUGGCAACGGUUAUGAAAUUGUCCGGAAAACGUCGACGGAACUGUUCCACUGGCUACUGGAGCUAGAAACUCGUUUUGGCCAAGUGUAUCAAAUAGACGGCAUAACUCAAAUUUGGCUGUUCUACGCUUCGCCUAAGCAUGUGGAGAAAAUCAUGACCGGGCCGGAGUUCAAUUCCAAGGGUGAAGAUUAUGACGUCCUGCUGGAGUGGCUGGGAACCGGGCUGUUGACAAGCAGCGGAAAAAAGUGGUUUACUCAUCGAAAGGCUCUAACCUCGGCAUUUCAUUUUAAAAUUUUGGAAAAUUUCGUUCCAGUGUUUGACCGGAAAAGUACGGUGCUAACCGAAAAGUUCCGUGCAACGGCUGGAAAGGUGGUGAAAGUUUUUCCAAUGGUCAAAUUGUGCACUUUAGAUGUCAUAGUGGAGACGGCCAUGGGAACCGCUUCCACAGCGCAAACCACACAGUCUAGUUAUACGUUGGCAGUGGAGGAGAUGGCGACCAUUGCAUUUCUGCGAAUGUUCAAUCGAUUUUAUUUUUCGGAUUUCAUUUUUCGACUUACUAAAAUGUACCCCACUUAUAGGCAGUGUUUGAAUACUAUACACAACUACACGCUAUCGAUUAUUGCGAAGCGUAGAAAAGCAUUGCAGCAAAAUUCCAAUAACGAAUGCGAACAGCCUCAAACCGAUAGUGAUCUGGGUACGAAAGCGAAGAUGGCCCUACUGGAUAUUCUGCUGCAAACUAACAUCGAUGGGAGACCUCUUACUAAUGAGGAAAUUCGAGAGGAGGUGGAUACUUUCAUGUUUGCGGGUCACGACACAACCGCAUCAGCAAUCACCUUUUUGCUCUACAUUCUGGCAAAACAUCCCGACGUGCAGCAGAAAGUGUACGAGGAAAUCAUGGCGGUUCUCGGUGAUUCCGGCGACACCCCACCGAACAUCACGAUGCUGAACGACUUGAAGUAUCUAGAUUUGGCAGUCAAAGAGUCACUCCGUCUGUUUCCGCCGGUUCCGUUCAUCACCCGGACCGCCCUGAAGGAGGUAGAUCUGUGCGGACUGAAGGUGCCGGCCAACACCAACUUCACCAUUGGCAUCUACAACAUGCACCACAAUGCGACCUACUUUCCGGACCCGGAACGGUUUAUGCCGGAGCGUUUCGAAGCGGAACUAGGCGCCGAAAAACGCAACCCGUACGCAUACGUGCCAUUCAGUGCCGGCGGAAGGAAUUGCAUCGGCCAGAAGUUUGCCCAGUACAUGAUCAAAUCGACGAUUUCGAAAGUGAUACGAAACUGCCGGGUGGAACUGCCACAUCCGGACUACGAGACGCCACUUAAGGCAGAGAUGAUUCUGAAGCCAAUGGAUGACAUGCCGCUAAAAUUUCACUGCCGCUGAAUAAAUAUGCAAAUCUUGUGUUUGCAGCGAGCGUGUACUAGCUCAUGCAAAGA